AUGGAAUGUGACAGCCAUCUAAACUCACACAUCCUGCUUAGUGACUGCCAUCUAAACUCACACAUCUUGCUCGGUGACUGCCAUCUGAACUCACAUAUCCUGCUCGGUGACUGCCAUCUAAACUCACACAUCGUACUUGGUGGCUGCAAUCUAAACUCACAUAUCCUGCUCGGUGACUGCCAUCUAAACUCACACAUCCUGCUCGGUGACUGCAAUCUAAACUCACACAUCCUGCUCGGUGACUGCCAUCUAAACUCACACAUCCUGCUUGAUGACUGCUAUCUAAACUCACACAUCCUGCUCGGUGACUGCUAUCUAAACUCACACAUCCUGCUUGGUGACUGCAAUCUAAACUCACACAUCCUGCUUGGUGACUGCCAUCUAAACUCACACAUCCUGCUUGGAGACUGCUAUGUUUACUGCCAUCUAAACUCACACAUCCUGCUUGGAGACUGCUAUGUUUACUGCCAUCUAAACUCACACAUCCUGCUUGAGGACUGCCAUCUAACCUCACAAAUCCUGCUUCAUGACUGCAAUCUAAACUCACACAUCCUCUUCAGUGACCACCAUCUAAAUUCACACAUUCUGUUUUUAGGACCACCAUCUAAACUCACACAUCCUGCUUGGUGUCUAAACUCACACAUCCUGUUUGGUGACUGCAAUCUAAACUCAAACAUCCUGCUCGGACCGCAAUCUAAACUCACACAUCCUGCUUGGUGUCUAAACUCACAGAUCCUGCUUGAGGACUGCCAUCAAAACUCACAGAUCCUGCUUGGUGACCGCCAUCUAAACUCGCACAUCCUGCUUGGUGACUGCCAUCUAAACUCACACAUCCUGUUUGGUGAAUGCCAUCUACACUCAUGCAUACUGCUUGGUGACUGCCAUCUAAACUCACAAAUCCUGCUUGGUAACUGCCAUAUAAACUCACACAUCCUGCUUGGUGACUGCCAUCUAAAUUCACACAUCCUGCUUGGUGACCGCCAUCUCAACUCACACAUCCUGCUUGGUGACUGCCAUCUAAACUCACACAUCCUGCUUGGUGACCGCCAUCUUAACUCACAUAUCCUGCUUGAGGACUGCCAUCUAAUUUCACACAUCCUACUUGAUGACUGCCAUAUAAAUUCACAUAUCCUGCUUAUUGACCGCCAUCUAAACUCACACAUCCUGCUUGGUGACUGCCAUCUAAACUCACACAUCCUGCUUGGUGACCGCCAUCUUAACUCACACAUACUGCUUGGUGACUGCCAUCUAAACUCACACAUCGUGCUUGGUGACCGCCAUCUCAACUCACACAUCUUGCUUUGUGACUGCCAUCUAAACUCACACAUCCUGCUUGAUGACUGCCAUCUAAACUCACACAUCCUGCUUGAGGACUGCCAUCUAAACUCACACAUCCUGCUUGGUGACUGCCAUCUAAACUCACACAUCCUGCUUGGUGACUGCCAUCUAAACUCACACAUCCUGCUUGGUGACCGCCAUCUUAACUCACAUAUCCUGCUUGAGGACUGCCAUCUAAUUUCACACAUCCUACUUGAUGACUGCCAUAUAAAUUCACAUAUCCUGCUUAUUGACCGCCAUCUAAACUCACACAUCCUGCUUGGUGACUGCCAUCUAAACUCACACAUCCUGCUUGGUGACCGCCAUCUUAACUCACACAUACUGCUUGGUGACUGCCAUCUAAACUCACACAUCGUGCUUGGUGACCGCCAUCUCAACUCACACAUCUUGCUUUGUGACUGCCAUCUAAACUCACACAUCCUGCUUGAUGACUGCUAUCUAAACUCACACAUCCUGCUUGAGGACUGCCAUCUAAACUCACACAUCCUACUUGGUGACUGCCAUCUAAACUCACACAUCCUGCUUGGUGACUGCCAUCUAAACUCACAUAUCCUGCUUGGUGACUGCCAUCUUAACUCACACAUCCUGCUUGGGGACUGCCAUCUAAACUCAUCUAAACUCACAUAUCCUGCUUUGUGA